CUCUCCUUGGGUCGUAAUGAUAGCGCCUGGGACUCCAACAUCAAGGCGCGGUCUUCAUCUCAUCAUUUGACGUUGUACGAGACUCAGCAAUCUCCAAGAUGCCAAUAGAUCCAAGCGGCUCUACAGUCGUCGCUACUGAAUGGGCCCUUAUCUCGGUCGCGACCGCAGUAAUUCUAGCACGGCUGUAUCUCAGACUCAUUCUGCAACGACGAAGUCUACUCGCGAGCGAUGUGUUCAUGUGCGCGGCAUGGGUUUCAGCGGUCGCUUUAGCAAGCUUCGACAUCUACUUCUUUCGUAUAGGCAUCUUCAAACCUGGCACCACAUUCGAUCUGGCCGGAUUUGAAGGAACUGCGGAAGAGGCCGAGAACUUCUACAAGCUCUACUACUUUUCCAGCUAUCCCUUCUACACCACGUUCUACUUCUCCAAAGCAGCUCUCCUGGCUGUGUACUUACAGAUCUUCCCUAGCUUUAUGGUAAAGCGACGUCGAUUCCUCUGGGCUGUUAUCGUUUAUGUUGCGAUAAGUUUCAUUAUUACAAUACUUUUACUUAGCCUGUCAUGUCUGCCAGUAUGGAGAAACUGGACCUUAUCGGACCAAAGAUGCACCGUUAAAAGCAUCAAAAUCAACUUCGAGAUUUCCUGGGUUCUAAACAUCAGUUCAGAUAUCCUCAUUUUUAUUCUGCCCUGGCUCGUUAUCCCCGAGCUGACACUGAGAAGAAGACUGAGAUAUAGUCUUUACGCAACGUUCCUCCUUGGCCUCAUCAAUAUUAUCUUUUGUGUAGUCCGGUUUGCUCAGAUCCAGCAAUAUGGUGGGGAUUUGGUAAUCACCAUAAGUCUUGUCGAAUUAUGGAGUUUCAUCGAUGCUUGUAUUGGCCUGAUCAUCGCAUGCCUCCCGUCACUCCGGCCUUUCUUCAACUGGCGAGAAAAGAUUCAGUACUAUGGCCAGAGCAGCGGUCAAGAUAGUAAAGCGUAUUCAAGCCAUAACUCACGAAGACCGAUGGUAUCGUCAGACCCUGGAAGUUUGAGUCAGCCAUCCAACGUUCACUUGAGUGAGGAUAUGCAACGGAGGUUCUCAGUAGCAUAA